AUGCGAGUCUCCUCCCACGAGGAAUGCCACAAAGAAUAUGGACGACAGCAUCCUGGAAGGGAGAGCCAGAUAUCAAUCACCACUCGCAAACUCAGCAUGGAAAAAUAUAUCACAAGAGCUAGCUUUAAAAGGAACCAAUAUGAAUGGAUGAUAAUGAUUAUGAGCGAUACAGGUGUGGGAAAUGGGGACCUGUUCGUGUAUAACACCAUCGACCUCCCAACUGUGGUGGGUCUACUAAAGAACAUCCUAACUCAGUACCCAGACAAUGGUCAAAUUAUAAAGGAACUCGUACAAAAUGGUGAAGAUGCAGGCGCCACACAAGUCAUCGCUGUUUACGAUACAAGGGAAUUUGGACCUGUUCCGCCGGCAGAAGGAGUGGAUAUUCAGCGCUUUAUCAAGGGACCAGCUCUCUGCCUCUAUAAUGAUGCAGAGUUCACAGAAGCCGAUUGGAAAGGCAUCCGGAGAUUGAGUGACAGCAUUAAGAAAAAUGAUCCUCUUAAAGUUGGCCAAUUCGGACUGGGCUUCAAGUCUGUCUUUCAUAUGACUGAUUAUGUGACUAUUCUUAGCGGGAAAUAUGUGUUGUUCAUGGACCCGAGUGAACCAGAGAGGACAAUGUGCCGGACACUCCCUCUUGAAAAGUUAACAUCCAUAAUACCCGAAGAUAAAUGCACAGAGCUUUGGGGCGACUAUAUCACUACAGAAAGCCUUAGUAAUGGCUAUCUCCCUGCAACCAUAUUCUGGUUCCCACUCAGACAGACGCCCUCUGAUAUAUCAGCAACUAUUUAUACCCCAGACCAUAUGGGAAGGUUGUUUCACUCGUUUAGAGUUGAGGCACCAGGUUGUCUGACCUUCUUGAAAUCCCUGGAAAAACUCAGCUUGAAAAUAAGACAUGGCAAUGGGAGAGAGGACUUGUUUCUUGAGGUUGCACUAAAAAGCUCAAACAUGGAGCAAGUUAGGUGUGCCAGAAGGACCUUCAAAAGACAACUAGAAGAGUGUAAUGGAUCUCCAGUUGCAACACUGUCAUGUAUGUACGAUGUCACAAUCCGCACUUUCACAGCUGAAGAUGGCAACAAUGAACAAAACCUUUGCAUCUUGCAUUAUGUACCAGGACCAGAUGGUCCUGCACCAAUGUGGCAUGGAGAUCCUAGCCAGCACCACAUGUCCCAUGUAGGCGUUGCUGCAAACAUGGAUCCAAUCUCAUCCCAAAAGUCAGCUGGACAGAUUUUCUGUUUCCUUCCUCUUCCACCUGAACCGAUCAACAACACCAAUUUACCAGUACAAGUUCAUGGCUUCUUCUGCCUCUCUCAAAACCGGAGACACGUUAAGUGGAUGACUGACGAGGGAGGCCAAGAGCCAGAUGUCCUAUGGAAUGAAGAACUGGUUAGGCAGACUGUCAUGGAAGCAUAUUCGGUGAUGCUCCAUACCAUGCUUGAGAAAUUAAAGACAAAUCAGAUCGACGUAAAGACAUGGUAUAGUGUUUUACCUGAUCUGGAGUCCACAAAAGGAAGAUGGAAAAUUAUGGCAUCUGUCAUUUGGUCGAGACUCUGCCACACACCUAUCUUGUAUUCAGAGGUAUUGAGAUCCAUGAUAACACCACAGGCAGCUGUGACCGAUGUCUCGCUUAGUUUCCAAGAACCAGUUGUUGUGGAAGCUGUUAGGAAGAGUCUUACACUACUGAAUACUCCUCUUGUGUCAGUGGACCAAAGUAUUCUGAAAUCACUGUCAUCCUGCGCGGGGCAAUUGUCCCCUGCUCCCUCUGCCUGCUGCCUCCGCGCCCGCGCCCCCGCUCUCUCGCUUGCGCCGUCCCCCGCCGGGGUCGUCGGGCCAGUCCCGCCGGGCCUCCCGUGUUUCCCGCGCCGCCCCGCGGUUGAUUCGGCCGGCCUUCUCCUCCGGUCCGGUGCCCCGCCAUCUCCCCUCUCAGUCCUGAAUUGA